GUGUGACAUUUAUUAAUGGCAAUGAUGUGGUAGGUUAAUUUGUAACAUGAGAAGUCCACUAAAAAAUGUGCAUCUAUUUAGUAGGGCUCUCUCUUUCCAUCUCCAACGGCCAUUCCCUCUCUUCUCGAGCCCCCCACUCUCUCUCCCUCUCUCUCUACAAACACUUCGCUCAGAACCAUUUCACUCCCAAAACUGAGAGCAGAGCAAAAUGGACAUUUUCACUACAAAAUCAGUGUCCAACAAAUCACCCAUUUUCCCCAUUCCUGAACCUCAACACUUCUCCGACUACGGCUUUGAACCUCAAAUCGACUACUUUCAGGUUUUGGAAGAAGCUCGAAAGCACAAGAGAGAGACAGCGUCAAGAUCCAUAGACCUCCAUUUCAAGCUGCAGAAGCCCAUCUCCAAAGACGAAUCCUCCAAGAAGAUCAAGAAGAGCAAGAAACGGUGGUGGCGCAACGCCCUCCUCUUCUUCAAGUUCCCCAAACGGGCGCCUUCCGCCUCCACCGGCGAUCACGACAGCCGCCGCCACCGCAUUGGGUCGAUAUCGGGCCCAAUUUACAUCACCGAGAGCAGGAGCGGCGCCUCCACCCCUUACAGGAGGCCGGGCUCGGGCCCGCUCGCGAAGGGCGAGGUGGGUGUCCCGUAUUUCAGUCUCCGGGAGCUGAAUGCGGCGGCGGGCCACCGGAUUUCUGCGGCGGAGACGCCCAUUUAUUUGGUCACGUGAUGAGCUGACUGACUUGACCGCCUUUAGCUUUUGUUUGAAGGGAAUUCUUUUAGCUUUCCUAUGUAAACUUUUUUGACCCCCCUUAAUUAUUUCCUUUUGGGGGUUCUCAAGAAAUGCGACUCUCUUUUUAUUUAUCAAAAGAGAGGUAUUAAAAAAAGAAAAAAGAAUGUGAUUGUAUUAAUUGCGAAGUGCAAUUUGGUUGUGAUGUUUUUUGGCUAA